ACAUCUACAUGGUGUUCUCCAGCAUGUUGCUGCUGCUGUUUCUGAUUGUGUUCAUGCUCGACACGAUGCCGCAGUACCGGCUCAAGCCGCACUGGCCGCGAAUCGCCGAAAACAUCAACAUGGGUACAGCAGUGUACUUUGGGGUCGAGUGGCUCCUGCGGUUCUAUGCGUUCCAGAACCCGAAACGGUACCUGCUCGAGCCCUUGUCGCUCAUCGACCUGCUCAGCGUGGUCCCGGCGUACGCGUCGUACGAUACAAGCCUUGGGACGUCGUUUGGGCGGGCCAAAUGGCUGCGUGCGCUGCAGAUCCUGCGCAUUCUGCGUAUCAUGCGUGUCGCCGAGUACUCGGUGGAGCUGUACGUCAUCGUGCGCACGCUGAAAAAGAGCCUGACUCAGAUUCUGAUUGUCAUGCUGGUCAUUGCAAUCGUCCUGCUGACAGCGUGCUUUCUGAUGUUCUUCUCCGAGAACGACACAUUGGAUGUGGGUAGCGGUCAGUGGAUGCGCAAGAACCGCGGGGUGGUCGAAGUGAGCCCGUUCCAGAACGUAUUCUACUGCUUGUACUGGGGAUUUGUCACAGUGACCACGGUCGGAUAUGGCGACCUGACGCCGGUUUCGCCGUGGGGCCAGGUGGUUGCCUGUUUGACCAUGGUAAUGGGGGUGUUUACGGUUGUGUUUCCGACCUCGAUCAUCUCGACCAACUUUGCCAAUGAGUGGGAGGCGUUUCAUAAGGCGCAGAAACUGCACCAAAAGUCGCUGCUUCGGCGGGACACCGAGAACCGCCGCCUCCAGCUGGCGCGCAUCUGGAGUGAUGCCAACAGGGACUACGAUGCAAUGCUGACAGAGGCCAUACAUGCCAACGUAGCCAGGUCUGAUCCCGAGCUGAACAAAAAGACCCCGUCUCUUGAUCAGCCAAAUGAUGCGUCGGCUCCAGAUAUUGGGCUGCGACAGGCUACCCGGGUAGACUUCUCACAGCCAGCCUUGCAGAACCUGCCCGCAGAGCCACCGCAGUUUGGUUGGCGACAGCACAAGAUGGCGCCGUUCGAGUACCACGAGAUGAUGAAGGUGAUCGAGAAAGUUGAAAAGGACCUGGGCAUCCCCAAGAUGGACAUGAACGAGAUUGAAGAGAGUAGCGAGAUCAACCAAAAGCUGCUGAUCAACGCCAUACACUCGAAGCUAUACAACGACGCCUACAGUCUGCUGUGCGAGCGGCUGCUGUUUUGCCUGUCGGAAUUCCGGAGGUUCGAGUCGUCCGAGGAUUUGGCCGGGUACUUGCAGAACCUGGACAUCGGGCACGGCCACCCGGCGAACAGCCCGCCGAUGUCGCGCAAAAAGAAAAUGACCUCGCUCGAAUACAAACUAAUGUCGUUUGUAUUUGAAAAGGUCAGCUUGCGCAUCGAUCCGGACACCGCGUCCAUGUCUCCGCGGCAGUCAUCCAAAUUCCACAUUAAUCAGCAGCAGUACACCACCCAGCAGCACCUGGACGAGCACUUUGGGUACAGCUCCGCGGACCUGCCGCACACCAGCGAUGCGAAUUCUUUUAGCGGCAUGCGCACGCGCUUCCAUCGUUCCCGCAGAAACCUGGCGCACAAGGUCAAGUCUCGGCUACGCCAUGGUUCCAACUACGCGCCCAUCAGCAGGACCCCCACCGGCCAAGCAGCCCAUCAGCGGGUCGCCUCCAGCUACACUCUGCAGAACCGGCUGCCGCUGCGCCGCCCCAGGUAUGAAGAUUCGCCGGUGCUUAGUAGGGUGGCAUCGGAGAUGCGGUAUGAGAAUGUAACGCCCAUCUGCCAGGUGCACAGUGGCCAGAGUGCGGGUUCGCUUGAAGGUAUGCAGCCAAGGCUGCAUAAGCCGGCAGGUUUGCAUGCUAACGCUCAGGUGUCCAAAUUGAACUCGGUUUCUGGGGUCAUGGGCACCCACCGAGACCAAGAGGGCAGUGGGCAGGUCGCCAUUGACAUGCCAUCUAACGGCAGCAGCAACAGUUCUUCAGAUCCGUCCUCUUCGUCGGGGGACUCAGACUCGAGAGAGGCUUUUAGCAUCAGACGCCAUGCUUCGCAGGGCCAACAUGAGGUGACUGAAGGCCAUGAUGCCGACGACGAGUACAACACCAAUUGAACAUCGCUCCGUCACAGCAAACUGUGCCAUUAGCAAGCAUAAAUUUCAUAAUCUGGCCAUAAUGUUUGUGUAUGUACAAAUACCUGUAUUUUUUGAAAUAG